UUUACAGCCGGUCAUUGUACGCUUUGUGCGUUUAAAAUGAAAAAACUUUUGCUUUUUACUUUUUUAAUAUUUAUUUUGAAAUUUUGCUUUAUUAAGGAACUAAAGGCAAUUGAUAUACGAAGAUGUUCUCCAAAUAAAUCUUUGCAAACUGCAAGUUCACGAUUGAAAAAUCAUCUUUUCUGUUCGUACGAUUCAAAUGAAAGGCCAGUUGAGAGGAAAAAAAGUAUCCAAGCAUUAUUACAAAUAACACCAAAAUUUAUGGAAUUUGAAAGUCGAACGAGUAGCUUCACUCUUCAUUUCUGGUUAAAACUGACAUGGAACGACUCUCAUCUCACAUGGAAUCCUGGAGAAUUUGAUAAAUUAGAAACAAUUUUCGUUUUAAGUGAAGACCUCUGGAAACCCGAUUUGAUGAUUGUAAAUACUGGUGAUCGUUUCGAAUUUCCUGAUACAACUUGCAUAUUAAAAAAUACUGGAAACGUUACUUGUGUAAUUCCCACAAAAAUUACUGUUUCUUGUGUCUCGGAUUUCACUUAUUGGCCGUAUGAUGAACAAAAAUGUAAAAUUCGUAGUGGUUCUAACACUUACUACAGUCAUGAGGUCGACUUCAAUUUCCUAGAGCCUCCUAUAUUAAUGGAAGAUUAUAUAGAAAAUCACGAUUGGAUCUUGAAAGGACAAGAAGCUACGAAAAUAAUUGUUAAUACUGUGACGGUAAAUUACACGGAAAUUAGAUAUGAAUUUCAUUUAAAGAGACAUUCAAGAAUGUCACAUGCAUUAUAUAUUACACCAGCAACUAUUUUCUUGAUGUUCACACUAACGGUUCUAUGGCUAGAUUCAACAUCGAUGGAACGACUGGUGCUGGCAGGUGUUAAUUUUGUUGGUCAUCUUUACUGCAUUUACGAUUUGCACUGGAUGGUACCAUUAAAUGGAUUAACUGUUCCUCACAUACUAAUUUUUUAUCGAGAUUCACUGAUUUUGGCGGCUUUUGCAUUAAUAAUGACAAUAGUAUUUCGAAAAUUCCAAAUGAUCACUGCACCUGCACCUAAAUGGAUUUCCAAUAUUGUGAGUUGUCGUCUUCUUCGAUUUUUUAUAACAAUUGAUGAUAAGUCAAAAGUUUCCUACGAAUUGGAAGAUAACGUUGAAUCCAUUCAGUCAACAACUUCUGAAACGAGCAAUGCAAAAAUAUGGUGUGAAUUUGCCAAGCUUUUAGAAUGGUUAACAUUUAUAAGUAUUUUUCUUACUUAUUUUAUCUUGUUAGUUACUCUCAUACCUUAAUAUGAAUUUUUAAACUUUAUACACAUUUCAAAGUUUUUAUAAAAUAAUUUUCUUUCUUA